AUGGCGCAGGCAGAUGGGGCCCCCCAGCCGUUCAAGUUGGUCCUCUUGGGGAGCGGCAAUGUGGGCAAGUCCAGCCUGGCUCUCCGCUACGUGAAGAAUGACUUCAAAAGCAUCCUGCCGACUGUGGGAUGUGCGUUCUUCACAAAGGUGGUGGACUUGGGGGCUGCGUCUCUGAAGCUUGAGAUCUGGGACACGGCGGGCCAGGAGAAGUACCACAGCAUCUGCCACCUCUACUUCAGGGGUGCCAACGCCGCGCUGCUGGUGUACGACAUCACCAGCAAGGAUUCCUUCCUCAAGGCUCAGCAGUGGCUGGCGGACCUGGAGAGGGAGUUCCCCCCUGGAGAAGUCGUGGUGAUGCUGGUCGGCAACAAGACGGACCUCAGUGAGGAGCGGGAGGUGACGUUCGAGGAGGGGGAGCAGUUUGCACAGAGCCAUAGCCUGCUGUUCAUGGAAACCUCCGCCAUGCUGGACCAUCGCGUGACCGAGGUCUUCAGCGCCCUCGCUCGAGAGCUGCUGCAGAGGGUGGAGAGGAAGGAGCGCCAGGCGCAGCGGGGGGAUGCCCGGCUGACCCUGAACCAGGGGCCCAGGGGCCCGGCCAAGUGCUGCGCCCACUAG